AACUCAAUCCACCGUACAAACGAAAAGCUCGCCGGAAAAAAGCCGCCGGAAUACCUCGUUGACCGCCAUAACAGUUAGAAAGUCCGCCACAAGAGCUUUUGGAGGAAGGCCGGGAAGGAAAGAAUCGUCUUUCUUAAGAUCAAAGCUUGAACAUCCCACACAGGGAAAGUACUCGAUAUGUAUGGGAGAAAAGCUUGCCAACUUGUGAAAGAAUUUUCAAGUGGAGAAAAGGGCCAGCUCACACCAUUUAAUAAUGACUUGUUUGACCAAGUAAUAUCAGAGUGCAGCCAACAUCACCUUGAGCUUCAGGCCUUGAUAAGGAAGAUGCAGGAAGAAGGUUUGGAUGUCCAAACAGCUAGGAAUCCUGACCACUAUGGAGCCCUCAUCCAUCUAUUUUCUAUAGUUCGAAAUAAACGUUGUCUAACAGCUUAUGUGUAUAACCGAGCAGAAACUAUACGGAACCUGUUAUGGAAGAUAGGGCCCGUGAUUCCAAAAGAAAUUGAAGAGAAGCUUAAUCAUUGGGAGGAAGAGUAUUUCAAGAAGCAUUCUGUAGCAUUGAGAACUUAUAUGUCAAAAGCACUGGUUGAUUUGACUGUGGAUAUGGUACCACCAAAAGAUCCAUACAUUCAAGUAAGGGUCCUUGAAGACAUAAGAGAAGGCAUUGUACUUAGUGAUAAUAAGAAUCCCAAUUUCGCCCGCCAUUCCAUGCACUUUCUGAAGCGAACUGAUGCAGAGAAAUAUAUCUCACGGGGCUUAAUGGAAGAGCUCACUGGUUGAACUGCUUGUUCUAAAAAAUAUGUAGAUGAUAAGUUUAAUUUUGGACUUGAUAUGUUGGAUUUAUUAUUGUAUUAAUAUUUUCUCUAGUCUUAGUUAUAAGAGAAUUAGUCCUAACAGGAGUGCAGUUCACUUAAUUUUCCAGAUUUUAUUUUCUAAAUCUUAGAAUCCAGAUUUUGUUCUUUUAAUAAAAUCCAAGAUUAAUAACCUAAA